AUGUUCGUGCUGUAUGAGGAAUGUUCUGGAGGUUGGAGUUGGUGGGGACAAGCCAAAGAGACAAGCCAGAGAAGCAAAACACAAAAGCAAGCCAACAAGUCAGAAAGGCAAAUUAGAAAGGAACUUCAAAGAGGCAAGCCAGAAAGGCAAGCCAUAGAGGCAACCACAAAAGAAGCCAGAGAUAGAGGCAAACCACAAAAGCAAGCCAGAGAGGCAAACCACAAAGGCAAGCCAGAGAGGCAACCACAAAAGCAAGCCAGAAGGCAAACCACAAAAAACACAAAAGCAGAGAGGCAAAAGCAACGAGGCAAACCCAAAGGCAAGCCAGAGAGGCAAACCACAAAGGCAAAACAAAGGCAAAGCCAGAGAGGCAAACCACAAAAGCAAGCCAGAGAGGCAAACCACAAAAACGGCAAGCCAAGGAGAGGCAAACCACAAAGCAAGCCAGAGAGGCACCACAAAGGCAAGCCAGAGAGGCAAACCACAAAGCAAGCCAGAGAGGCAAACACAAAGCAGCCAGAGAGGCAAACCACAAGCCCAGAGCCACAAGGCAAACCCAGAGAAGAGCAAACCACAAAAGCAAGCCAGAGAGGCAAACCACAAAGGCAAAGCAAGGCAAGCAGAGAGGGAGGCAAGCCAGAGAGGCAAACCACAAAAGCAAGCCAAGGCAAGCCAGAGAGGCACAAGCCCACAAAAGCAAGCCAGAGAGGCAAACCACAAAAAGCAAAGCCAGAGAGGCAAACCACAAAGGCAGCCAAGAGCAAACCACAAGGCAGCCAGAAGAGGCAAACCCCAAAGGCAAGCCAGAAGAGGCAAACCACAAAAGCAAGCCAGAGAGGCAAACCAACAAGCAAACCACAAGGCAAGCCAGAGAGGCAAACCACAAAGGCAAACCAACAGAAGGCAAGCCAGAGAGGCAAACCACAAAAGCAAGCCAGAGAGGCAAACCACAAAGGCAAAGCCACAAAAGGCAAGCCAGAGAGGCAAACACAAAGCAAGCCCAGAGAGGCAAACCACAGCCAGAGAGGCAAAACCACAGCAAGCCAGAGGAGGCACCACAAAGGCAAGCCAGAAGUCCAGAGAGGAGGCAAACACAGCAAGAGGCACAAAAAAGCAAGCCAGAGAGGCAAACCACAAAGGCAAACCAACAAAGGCAAGCCAGAGAGGCAAAAACACAGAAGGCAACCAAACCAAAAGGCAAGCCAGAGAGCAAACCACAAAAGCAAGCCAGAGGGCAAACCACAAAGGACCCAAAAGCAAGCCAGAGAGGCAAACCACAAAGGCAGCCAGAGAGCAAACCACAAAGGCAAGCCAGAGAGGCAAACCAAACAAAAGCAAGCAGAGAGGCAAACCAACAAAGGCAAACCACAAAGGCAAGCCAGAGAGGCAAGGCCAGAGAGGAGCAAGCCAGAGAGGCAACCACAAAGGCAAACCACAAAAAGCAAUAGGCCACAAAGGCCAGCCAGAGAGGCAAACCACAAAGGCAAGCCAGAGAGGCAAACCAAAAGGCAAGCCAGAGAGGCAAACCACAAAAGCAAGCCAGAGAGGCAACCACAAAAGCAAGCCAAGAGGCAAGAAGGCAAACCACAAAAGCAAGCCAGAGAGGCAAAACACAAAGGCAAGCAGAGAGGCAAACCCAAAGCAAGAGAGAGGCAAACCAAAAGGCAAACCACAAAGGCAAGCCAGAGAGGCAAACCACAAAAGCAGCCAGAGAGGCAAACCACAAAGGCAAACCACAAAGGCAAGCCAGAGAGGAAGGCAAACACAAGGCAAGCCAGAGAGGCAAACCACAAAAGCAAGCCAGAGAGGAAACCACAAAGGCAAACCACAAAAAAGCAAGAGAGGCAAACCACAAAAGCAAGCCAGAGAGGCAAACCACAAAGGCAAAGCACAAGGCAAGCCCAGAGAGGCAAAACCACAAGAGGCAAACCACAAGGCAAGCCAGAGAGGCAAACCACAAAAGGCAAGCCAGAGAGGCAAACCACAAAGGGCAAAAGAGGCAAACCACAAGGCAAGCCAGAGAGGGCAAACCACAAAGCAAGCCAGAGAGGCAAAAGCAAGCCAGAGAGCAAGGAGGCAAACCACCACAAAAGGCAAAAGCAAGCCAGAGAGGCAAACCACAAAGGCAAGCCAGAGAAGGCAGAACCACAAAGCAAGCCAAGAGAGGCAACCACAAAGGAGCAGCCAAGAGGCAAACCACAAAAGCAAGCCAGAGGAGGCAAGCAAGCCAGAGAGGCAAACCACAAAGGCAAACCACAAAGGCAAGCCAGAGAGGCAAACCACAAAAAGCAAGCCAGAGAGGCAACCACAGGCAAACCACAAAGCAAGCCAGAGAGCAAAACCAAGCCAGAGAGGCAAACCACAAAGCAAGCCAGAGUAGGCCACAAAGGCAAGCCAGAGAGGCAAACCACAAAAAGCAAGCCAGAGAGGCAAACCACAAAAGCAAGCCAGAGAGGCAAAGGCAAACACAAGGCAAGCCAGAGAGGCACAAGAGAGGCAACCACAAGGCAACCACAAAAAGCAAGCAGAGAGGCAAAACCACAAAGGCACAAGGCAGCCAGAGAGGCAAACCACAAGGACCAAAAAGCAAGCCAGAGAGGCAAACCCACAAAGGCAAAGAGAGGCAAACAACAAAGGCAGCCAGAGAGGCAAACCACAAAGGCAAGCCAGAGAGGCAAGCCAGAAAGGAAAUUCAAAGAGGCAAGCCAGAGAGGCAAACCACAAAGGCAAGCCAGAGAGGCAAACAAGAAAGGCCAAGCCAGAGAGGAGAAGGCAAGCAGCAAGCCAGAAAAAUUCAAAGAGGAAAAAGACGAUAAUUACGACAAAUGGGGUCAUAAUCUGGGACUUAAUGGUGUACCUCUAGCCCUAAUGGUGGCUGGGCCCAGGAAGAGGCUAACGGGACGGGAUGCCUGA